AUGUUAUCAGCCGGCAGAACGUCAGGAUCCAAAGUGGUGGCAAUUGCUGUGGCGGGUACCAUUGGAAUGGUGGGAAUUGGCAGUGUGUACCUUCCCUUUAUGGCGGAUCGCGAUCAGAUGAGAGGCAUGGACGAAGACGGAGGCAUGGAUAAAAAGUCAAAACGGCAAUUGGAGCAAUACCUCAAGGGUCAACAACAGCAGCAACAGCAACAAGCAGAAACCAAAUCUGCGGGUAGCAUGUGGAGCAACAUGAAAAAAUAA